UCCACUGAGGCCCAUGCUAGUCUGUUGUACCCUUGUGCCCGCGGAAGCCCUCGUGCGGGCUGCCCUGCUCCUUCGAAUGGCCAAGUGCUCGACUAUGAUCUUAACUCUCCUGUUAGCGUCCAUAGCCAUAUAGAUGCUCCUCUUUGCAAGCAGGCCAUUCCCUCGGCCACUCGCACAACUUUGCGAGCCGGUAGCAACGUGGCGACCACUUACACUGUCGGUGCUUCCCAUGGAGGCGGACACUGCCAGUGGGCGAUUUCAUACGACAAUAAAAACUGGGUUGUGCUUAAGACGGUGCUCCGUGACUGCCUUAAAGGUAUUGAUGGCGGUGCUCCUUACUCUGUCUCGGUCCCAAUUCCUAAGGAUGCUCCCAACGGCAAGGCUACCUUCAUGUGGUUGUGGAACAAUGCCAUCGGUAACCGUGAACUCUAUUCAAACUGUGCUGAUGUCACAAUUACCGGUGGCAAGAACGGUGGCAAGCUCAAGGGUGUUGCUCCUCUGAUUGCCAAC